AUGGGCCGCUACUCCGGCAAGACCUGCCGGCUGCUCUUUAUGCUCGUGCUCACCGGCUCCUUCUUCGUAGCGGAGCUGGUUUCGGGCUACUUGGGCAACUCCAUCUCGCUGCUCUCCGACUCCUUCACCAUGAUGUCAAGCCUGAUCUCUCUGUGUGUGGGCCUGAGCACUGGCCACAUCGCCCGGCGCCACCCCAGGAGCUUCCGGGCCACCUACGGCUACUCCCGCGCGGAGGUGGUGGGCGCGCUCAGCAACGCAGUCUUCCUCUCCGCGUUCUGCUGCACCAUGUUGGUGGAGGCCGUGCUGCGCCUGAUCCAGCCCGAGCGCAUGGAUGACCCGGAGCUGGUGCUCAUCGUCGGCGCACUGGGGCUAGCGGUCAACCUGGUGGAGUUGCUCCUCUUCAAGGACUGCGCCUCCUGCUGCCCCGGCAGCCUUCGCCUACUGCAGCAGCAGCAGUUAGUCCAGGGUGGCGCUCGCAGAGUUUUCGGGGACCGCCAGGGCGCGGAGGACCCGCGGCACGCGGCCACAGCCCCUGGCUCGGACUCGGCCGUGAUCCUCCCGGGGGCUUCGGUUGAGAGGCAGCAGGAGCAAGAGGAGGGGGCGACCGUGUUCUCAAACGUAGCAGGUGAUUCCUUGAAUACCCAGAAUGAGCCUGAAGAGAUGAUGAAAAAGGAGAAAAAGUUCAAAGCCCUGAAUAUCAGAGGUGUACUUUUGCAUAUGAUCAGAGAUACACUGGGGUCUGUCAUUGUGGUGUUUGCGGCCAGCAUAUUCUAUGUGCUUCCCUUGAAAAAUGAGGAGCCGUGUAACUGGCAGUGCUACAUUGACCCCAGCCUGACUAUAGUCAUGGUCAUCAUCAGUUUGUCAUCUGCCUUCCCACUCAUCAAGGAGACGGCUGCCAUUCUGCUGCAGAUGGUCCCCAAGGGGGUCAACAUGGAAGAGCUGAUGAGUAAACUCUCUGCUGUGCCUGGAAUUAGCAGUAUACACGAUGCGCACAUCUGGGAACUUACAAAGGGAAAGAUCAUUGCCACCCUGCAUAUCAAAUGCCAGACGGACAGGGGAUAUCAGGACGCCAGCGUGGAAAUCCGAGAAAUUUUCCAUCAGGCAGGAAUCCAUAAUGUGACCAUCCAGUUUGAAAAUGUGGGCUUGGAGGAGCCCCUGGAGCCAGACCUAUUUUCGCUCUGCAGCUCCCCUUGCAUCUCCAAGGGCUGUGCUAAGCAGCUUUGCUGUUCCCCUGGUGUGCCACCUCUGGCCCAUGUCAGUGGCUGUGCUGGGCAGAAUGGCCGUCCCCCGCUAGACACAUACCAAAACGAUGGUCUCAGCAGAAGAGACACAACAGAAGUGGCCGUUGAAAGGCCUUUGGAUGGAUGUCUGAGGGAGGACCAAUGUUAUAUCGACAGCACAUGUUUUUAA